UUUAUUUCCGAGCCCUGGUGAAUUUCACUCGCUCCAUCCACUACAGCUCUGAGCUGGAGGACGCAGGCUCCCAGGCUUUCCAAGAAGUAUCCAAGGCUGUGGUAGACACGCUGGAGUCAGAGUACUUGAAGAUUCCUGGAGACCAGAUUGUCAGUGUGGUGUUCAUCAAGGAGCUGGAUGGCUGGGUCUUCGUGGAGUUGGACGUGGGCUCCGAAGGAAACACAGAUGGGGCUCAGAUUCAGGAGGUGCUGCACUCGGUCGUCUCCAGGGGCUCCAUUGCCUCCUACACCACCUCUCCCCAGGGAUUCCAGUUUCGACACCUGGGCACAGUGCCCCAGAUCCCCAGAGUCUGCACGGAGACUGAGUUUGCCUGCCACAGCCACAAUGAGUGUGUGGCCCUGGAGUAUCGCUGUGACCGGAGGCCUGACUGCAGGGACAUGUCUGAUGAGCUCAAUUGUGAAGAGCCAGUUCCAGAGGUCCACUCCACACCACCCCAUCUGGCGGAGAUUUUACCUGUAACACCCCGGCCAGAGGCAACCACCACACGGCUACUUCCAGUCACCCCGGCUCUCCGUCCUGACAGGCCCUGUGGGCCCCACGAGACCACAUGUCACAGUGGGCACUGCAUCCCCAAAGACUAUGUCUGUGAUGGGCAAGAGGACUGCAAGGACGGCAGUGAUGAGCUGGACUGUGGCCCCACUCCGCCCUGCGAGCCCAACGAGUUCCCCUGCGGAAACGGGCACUGUGUCCUCAAGCUGUGGCGCUGUGACGGCGACUCUGACUGUGAGGACCACACCGAUGAGGCCAACUGCCCUGCCAAGCACCCCGAGGACGUGUGUGAGCCCACGCAGUUCCGCUGUGUCUCCACAAACGAGUGCAUCUCAGCCAGCUACCACUGUGAUAAGGAGAGUGACUGUUCCGACCGCAGCGAUGAGAUUGGCUGCAUGCCUCCCCAGGUGGUGACCCCUCCCCAGGAGUUGAUCCAGGCCUCCCGGGGCCAGACAGUAACCUUCACUUGUGUGGCCAUCGGUGUCCCCACCCCCAUCAUCAACUGGCGACUCAACUGGGGCCACAUCCCAUCUCAUACUAGGGUGACAGUGACCAGUGAGGGAGGCCGAGGCACGCUGACCAUUCGAGACGUGAAGGAGGCAGAUCAGGGUGCCUACACCUGUGAGGCCAUGAAUGCCCAAGGCAUGGUGUUCGGCAUUCCUGAUGGUGUCCUGGAGCUCAUUCCUCAGCGAGGACCCUGCGCCGAUGGGCACUUCUACCUGGAGCACAGCGCCUCCUGCCUGCCCUGCUUCUGCUUUGGGGUUACCAACGUGUGCCAGAGCAGCCGCCGCUUCCGAGACCAGAUCCGGCUGCGCUUUGACCAGCCUGAUGACUUCAAGGGCGUGAAGGUGGUGAUGCCCUCGCAGCCCAGCAUGCCACCCCUCUCCACCACCCAGCUGCAGAUCGACACUGCUCUGCAGGAGUUCCAGCUGGUCGACCUGUCCCGACGCUUCCUGGUCCACGACUCUUUCUGGGCUCUGCCCGAGCAGUUCCUGGGCAACAAGGUGGACUCCUACGGCGGCUCGCUGCGCUACAAGAUACGAUAUGAGCUGGCACGAGGCACGCUGGAGCCAGUGCAGCGGCCGGAUGUGGUCCUUGUGGGUGCUGGAUAUCGCCUACUCUCUCGAGGCCACACACCCACCCAACCUGGUGCUCUGAACCAGCGCCAAGUCCAGUUCUCUGAGGAGCACUGGGUCCACGAGUCUGGCCAGCCAGUGCAGCGGGCGGAGAUGAUGCAGGUGCUGCAGAGCCUGGAGGCUGUGCUCAUCCAGACAGUGUACAAUGCCAAGAUGGCCAGCGUGGGGCUGAGCGACAUCGCCAUGGAUACCACUGUCACCUACGCCACCAGCCACGGCCGUGCCCACAGCGUAGAGGAGUGCAGGUGCCCUGUUGGCUAUUCUGGCUUAUCCUGCGAGAGCUGUGAUGCCCACUUUACCCGGGUGCCUGGAGGGCCCUACCUGGGUACCUGCUCUGGCUGCAACUGCAAUGGCCAUGCCACCUAUUGCGACCCUGUGUAUGGCCACUGCCUG